AAAAUCAUCAAAAUUCAAUCCAAAAAUACUAUAUAAAUAAUAAACAUAAUCAAAAUAUUUAAGGUUAUACAAAAGAUUUGCAAUAGCGAAAUUAUAAAUAAAUUGUAUAAAAAGAAACCACAAAUGAAGCAAAUAUAAAUGCCAAACUCAUCUGCAUAAGGCUCAUAAGUCACUACAACUAAUGGCCUGAGGUGCUCAGAUUUUAAUUAUAGCAACCUGCAUAAAAGCUACUAUAAUAACGAAUAAGACAAGCUAGGAAGCGCUUCUUCAAGCUUCAGAAGAUAGAUUGUUAGCAUGUAAGACAGAAAACAUUCAAAUAUAUAUGGAAGAUAUAAAGAGUACUAAUAUGUAGAUUCUAAGAGUAAAAAAGAUGAAAUGAAUAAUAAAUCAGUUUCUAAAGAUAUGUUAAAUAUUGAGGAGCAUGACAAUAUUAGCUAACACAAGGAGCCUAUUUAGUCUCCCUUGAUUCAAUCUUUGCACCAAUCUAAAUAUCAAACACCUUAAAAAGGCUCAUAGUCUUAUCAUUCUAGAAGCUACACUGUAUAAUUGAGUGAUUAAUUUAUUUAAUAGUCUGACAAAAAACUUGAAAGUGAGUCUCCUUUAGGAGAUAGUAAAUAGUAAAUAAAUCAGAAAUAUUUACGCUAUACAACAGACCAUGUAAGGUAUUCUACUCCAUUUAAAGGAGAAAUCACUAACAAAAGUGAUAAGCAAGAAGAAAAUUUGUAUUUAAGCCAAAAAAUAUCUAAGUAGGAAUUAAAAAAGCUUUAAGAUUCUCCUACUAAAGAAAAUGAGCAAUACAAUAUCGAAGAAAAGUAACAAACUAAUCCUGCCUUGUAAAGCUACAGUGGAUUUAUUUCUCGUACUUAAAAUAAUUACUACAAAAGGCAAACCGCUUUUGAAUCUCCCGUCAGUGAUGAAAAAAAUUUGCUCAAAGAGAGCUAUUCCAAAGUUCUAAACUACCAAACUUCUUCAGCCUACUCAAAAGACUCACAUCUAAAUUCCUCAAUAAAAUCAUACAGAGCUACUUAAUCAGAAAAGAAAAGCUUUUAAGAGGAGAUAGAGCAAUACAAAAAGGAAUUAAAGGAAUAUCAAUCCCAACUUUCAAGUUAUUAGGAGCAGCUGAAAAAUUCUCUUAAUAAAAAUAAAAUAGAGUUAUUUGAUGGCUUGACAUCUAUUAGAGAUAGUAAUAUCACGAGCUCAAUUAGCUAAUACUCAAAGGCUAGCUUUUUAGAUUUAAAAUACUCUACUCAAAAUAGUAAAUACUAAGUAGAUUCUGAAACUCCUAAGACACUACAAAAACUAGAAAGUGACCAGAACAGCACAAUUUCAAGUAGACUAGGACAAUCUGCUACAUUUUCUAAGGUUAAUUCUAAAAUUUAAAAGCCUCAUAUGGGGAUAUUUGAUUCUAUUUACAUUGAUGCUGAAAAUCUUGAAGAAAAACCUGAAAAAAUGUUACAAGUUGUAAAUAUUGAAAACUCAGCUGUUUUACCAAAUGAUAAAAAAGAAAUCAUGGAAGGCUUUUCUGAAAAAAAAAUUAUAAAAAUUUAAAAAGUUGAAAGUUUUUAUGAAGAAAGAGAGCCUGAGUCUAAAAAUUAUGAUAAAGAAGAAUCUUAAAACUUUAUUUAACAAAAUAGCUUUUAACUAUCCAGUUUAAAUGGUGAAACUAACAAUAAAAGGUGUUUUAGAUCUCAAUCAGUGACAUAUAAAGAAGUUCCUGAUAAAGAAAGUUAAUUGCAUAAUUAUAAGAAUGAAAAAACAAUAGAUUAUUAAACUAGAAGUAAAGCCAGCUAUAGCAUUGAUCAAAACACUCCAUUGUUAUCUUCAGCAGUGUUUAGCAAUCAUAGAAGUAAUCUAGUAAACACAUUAAAAGAUGAUUAUCCUAUUAUGUUAAAUAGCAAGGAUUGUAAUUAGUAAUUACCCAAUUUUCAAAAAAUUGAUUCAGUAAUCUCUGAUUCUUUGGCAUGCCCUUCUUAACAUUAAUAGUCAAUAAUUUAAAAUUCUAAUUAACUAAUUUCAGAAGAGUCCAGUACAAAAUAAAAUAUAAUGCAGCGUUCUAAUUUAUAAGCAACCAAACAGGAUAGCUCUGAAAAUAUUAUAAAAACUUAAUACGAUAAAUUAAAAGAAAUUGAAAACAGAUAUAAAAGAGUAGAAGAAAUCAGUAAAAAAUAUUCUCAUCUCUACAAAUCAAAACUUUUACAACCAACUCAAACUUCCAUUACAACAGAAUAAAAGACAUCAUUAGAUUUAUCUGCUAGCGUUCCUGCUAACUCUACCGAUUAUAAAAACGAAUAAAAUAUUAAUUCUACAUAUAAUAAUUUAAUCGAAAAAAGAGAAAAUAAUAACUAAUAUUCAUUUGCUCAGCAAAAUAAAGACAUAGAAAUGACUUCUGUAUGCCUGUUCCCAAAUGUUAGAGACUCUGGUGUUAUGCCAAAUAAAGAUUAAAACUCUCUUGGAGUUCCUCUUCCAAUAAGCAAUAGAAUUCAAGGAGGAGAGAGCGAUAUUAACUUCUUCAUGUAAAAAACUCCUAGAUUUUAAACUAUGGAUGGCGAAGAGUAUUUUAAAACAGCAGAGUAAAUAUUGUAGUUAAGCAGACAGAGCGCAAAUAAACUCGAUUAAUCGCUUUGCUUAACUGAUAGAGAAACACUUUAAAAUCUUUCUUAAGUUGAUAUGGAUUGCGAAUUAAAGCAUUAAAUGUAACAAUCCCCUUCAGUGACUGCUCUCUGA